AUGACAACAAAAACCAAUCCAAAGUCAUUCUAUUCAUCAAUGUAUGCUAAUGAUGAUCAACUAUUUGCCAACGAACAAAUACAACGCUAUGACGCAGAUACAAUCAAAAAUCGGUAUGGUGAUAAUUGGAGAAACUACGCAUCAAAUGUACGUGAAAUAAAACAAGCAGAUGGAUCAAUUGUAAGAGAAUAUAUUAUUGAAGAUCCAAGUUUACUGAAAGAAAUUAAACCUUCAUUAGAUUCAGCAUCAUCAUCAUCAUCAUCAUCAACCUCAGCAGGUUCAGACGACGAACAACAAUCAUCAAAACAUAAAUUUGCACAAAUCAAAGCUAAAUUUGAAAAAAAAUCUUUAACGAAUGUUAUGGCAUCACCUUCAUCAAGUUCAACUUUAACCAGUAGCAAUCCAACAACACGUCGAAAUUCUGAUAAACAAAUCAAUGAUUUAUAUCCAAAAAAGAGACAAGGAUCAACUGAUUCAUCGUCGACCAAUCGAACGGUAAACGAUAUUGCUGGUGGACCUCGAAUACCAUCAAAUUUGAGUCAGAAUACAUCAAAUAGUCAACAUUCUCAAUCGACAUCAAAUUCUUCAUUUCGACGUUUGAAUUCUGCUGAGGAAGCCGAUGAAGAAGUUCAACGUAUACAUCGACAAGUUCAAGACUUUCGUCAACAUCAAGAUACAUUGACUCCGAUAUCUUCUAUUGAUGAAAAUAAACAACAAUCCAAUGUUCAAUAUGAAGUGCUCGAUGAGAACGGAAAUCCAAUAUCUAUUGACGGUGUAACUGAUCUAAUUAAAAUGUCAGGUGUUACAGCUCGAGAAGUUCAACAACAGGACGGUUCUUUUAUACGUGAAUAUGUUAUUGAUGAUCCUGAUAUAUUAUCAAAAUUUCAUAAACAACAAUCACCGAUGGUUUCUCAACAGCAAUCUUUCAAUAAUAACAUUCCACCACCUCCACCCCGUAUUCCAUUAAAACAAUCAAUGUUAUUUCAUCAAGGACCAUCCAGUAAUGAUCAACAUCCUCCAAUAAAUAUUGAAAAUAUUCACGUACUUGAACCUCAACGUCGUUAUGAGUAUACAACAACAUCUGGUAAACGUAUUGAAUUUAUGAUUACACAUUCUGAAUCUGGUAAUCAGAUGAUUAAUGAUUCUGAUAUUCGUGAAUUAUCAUCUGCUAUCAACAAUCAUCAUAUACCAUCAUCAUCGUCAUCAUCAAUUUCAAAUCCUACACAACAACAACAACAACAGCAAACAUAUAAUCUACCUAAACAAUGGCAUCCAGCAGUUGAUUUAACUAUUCGUAAUGGACGAACACGACAAAGAACUGGCUCAGAUAAUCAAGCAAUGCCAAAUAAUUAUAAUGUGAAUUUUCAACAAAUGCAACAAAUGCCAAGUGAUUUGACUCGUUCAGCGUCCUAUGGUGCACUUAAUCAAGGAGCUUAUCAACAAUCAUUUGCACCUGUAUUUACUGAACCAAUUAUUGAUUGGACUGCACUUCGACAACAAGAUCCACAAGGCCAAAUUGAUCCACAAGUUAUACAACAAUUUAUUGCGCAAAAGCAUCAGAAUGGAAGUUUUCAAACAUCGGCUCAAUUUUUGCCUGAACAAAAACAACAACCAAUGACAAGAUCAAUUCAUUCGCCGUCGCGAUAUAAUGCGUCUGCUGCACCUACAUUUUAUCAACACCAGCAGCAACAAAUGUCAUACCCUUAUCAAGGACAACAACAGCAUGGUGUUAGAAUUACUAAUGAUGCUAAUGAUAUGCAUUUCAAUCAACAACAACUACCAACUAUGAUGGGAUAUCACAAUACAAGAAUUUAA